GGAGGUGAGAGGACAUGGUGUAGUUACUAUCGCAUUCACAAAUCGUGAUCAAUGUUUUUCAUUAGUAAAUAAGUAUUUUUUGAGUGAACAGUCGGUUGUAUUGAGAAAAAAAUAAGUGUUUCUUUGUUUAAUUUUUAGUGCAUGUGUUUGUUGCGUUAGAAAACGGCUACUUUUGCACAAUCGUACGGGAGACUCGAUGUCAAUAAACUUGUCGGUGAUAUUUUAUGGGAAAGGUGUGCCGCGUCGCCCCCGUACCUGUCGGCGACGGGAGGAUCGUUGAGGCCGGAGCGAUGGCGAAGGUCGGCGGCGCCUAGGCGGGUGCUGGCAUGGUGGUGCGGACUGUGGCGAGAUAAACAAGAUGCUGGUUUCAUCGGUUUGUUGUAUUCGAUCCUGUUUACCUUUGAAACUCAACGAAACCUACGAUACAUCGGAAUAUGAAAAAACAUGUGAAUACAGCGCUGUCUUCCAACGACGGGAUAUCACAAGACUGAAUCCCAGGGAUGCCUUAAUUAUCAGUGAUGCAAGAUGAUCGAAGGGGAAAUAGAUAUUUUUCUACGAGAACAUUAUUCUAAAUAGAAAUAGUUUUUGAAGAAUUUUGAAACAGUAUUUUGAUAAUAUUUUUUAAAUCGUCGUAUGUGUACGGUGCUUAAUAGUUAGGGAGGUGAAACAAUUAUUUCGAAUUGUCGAUAAUAGUGGUUAUGUUAGUGUUGUGAGUACAAGGGAAGAACACGACGAUGUCAAGUGACGGUGACUCGGUGAAGGUGGAGGGGGGCCAUGUUUCCGUCACCACUAUCAGCAUGUCGGGCCCCGAGACCAGCGAUGGUCAGUUCUCGUACAGUUCAAGCGGAGUGCGCAUCAGCGUGUCUUCGGAUCCUCACGACGAAGACUCGACUGAUGCGGAGAUCUCCAAGAUCGAAUUUACGCAGCAUCAAUAUGAGGUCAACAUGCGGAAUAAGAAAAAGCGGUCGUCCAGCGGCGCCGGCGCGCCGUGCGAUGGGGGCAGCGAGCGCGAGCGACCCAUGUCGUGGGAGGGAGAGCUGUCUGACUCCGAGAUGGUCAUAGACACCGUCCACAACGAUGAGAACAGCAGUUCAAUAGACAUGCAGUCAUCACGUGACUCAAUAGACACCCUUCGUAACGUGACCAUCAAAGCUGAGCCCCUAAAGACUGAAGCCUUCCAGAGCUUCGACGACCAGCGUGUACUGGACUUGAAAUACUCAGCGCCAUUACAGCCUCAUCAGCGCAGUCUUAGUAUGAAUAGGAUAUCAGUACUAACUGAGAGCGCAUCACUGUGCCUGCCACGUCGGCCAUCCUCCCCCACACACAGCGCCAAGUCCCUGCUCCUCACAGAGCAGACUGCGCUGCCGCUCAUCACACCCUCUGUGGAAGCACAGAACCUCACUAUAAAGAAGGAGACGCAGCUAUCAGAGUUGAAAUGCGAGGGUGGUUGUGGCAUGGAGAAGUUGGUGGGUCUUCACGGGUCGCCAUUGCUGGGCAGGCUGCCACGCGUCCAGUCCAGCGCCAGCACUGACUCCGCUGUGCACUCAAUGUACACGCAUAGUGUGUACAGCAGCCCGUCGGCGAGCCCGCGUCCUGCGCGACACUACACGCCCUCGCUGUCGCGUAACAACAGCGACGCCUCGCACUCCUCUUGCUACUCCUAUAGCUCUGAGUUCUCACCCACACAUUCGCCUGUACAGCAGAGUCGACAGCCUCACGUGGUGUACCGCGAGCAUGAGGAUGAGGACACUGCAGACGACCGCCUGCAUCACCACCAGGGCAUCAGCAGACAGCAACUCAUCAACAGUCCGUGUCCGAUCUGUGGCGACAAGAUCAGCGGGUUCCACUACGGCAUCUUCUCGUGCGAGUCGUGCAAAGGUUUCUUCAAGCGCACAGUACAGAACCGUAAGAACUACAUGUGUCUGCGCGGAGGUAACUGCCCCGUCACCGUCGCCACACGGAAGAAGUGCCCCGCCUGCCGCUUCGACAAGUGUCUCGGCUGUGGCAUGAAACUAGAAGCAAUUCGCGAGGACCGCACCCGCGGCGGGCGCUCCACGUACCAGUGCUCGUACUCGCUGUCGGGCGCCGCCUCCACAGGCUCGCUGCUCUCUGCGCACGCGCCGCCCACAAUGCGCCACGCCAGCAGUCUCAACAUCGUAAAUGGUCCAGGGUCUUACAGCAGUCGAGGGGAAGCAAGUAACAGCCGAUUGACGCCAGAAAUUCCUACAUUAUUGCAGGAAAUAAUGGACGUAGAACACCUGUGGCAGUACAACGAGUCUGAGCUGAGCCGGCUGGGGAAGUCGGGCAGUGGGGCUGGGGCAGGCAGUGGGGCGGGGGCGGGGGCCAACCCUCUGCUGGCAGCCAGCGGCAUCACACCGCACACCUCCAGCGCGGACCUGCUGGCCGACCUCUGUCACAUCGCUGAUCACCGCCUCUACAAGAUCGUAAAAUGGUGCAAGAGUCUGCCGCUGUUUAAGAAUAUAUCGAUCGACGACCAGAUCUGUCUGCUGAUCAACAGCUGGUGCGAGCUGCUGGUGCUGUCGUGUUGUUACCGCGGUGUGGGAACUCCCGGUGAAGUGCGCGUUGGCGGCGGCCGCGGACUUACGCUGCAUCAAAGCGCCAAAUUCGGUCUAACUCCGUGUAUAGAGCGCAUGUUGAGUUUCACCGACCACUUGCGGCGGCUGAGAGUUGACCGCUACGAGUACGUCGCACUCAAAGUCAUCGUACUGCUCACUUCAGACGCGCCGGAGUUGCGCGAGGCGGAGAAGGUGCGAGCGUCGCAGGAGAAGGCGCUGGCGGCGCUGCAGGCGUACACCGCCGCGCACUCACCUGACGCACCUGCUAAGUUCGGAGAACUGCUGCUGCGUAUCCCUGAACUCCAGCGUACCUGCCAGUUCUUCAUGCAAGUGGGCAAAGAAAUGCUGAACCCCGCAAACAAGAGCAAAGAUGGCGAUGGUCCCAGCUUCAAUCUGCUAAUGGAACUGCUCAGAGGAGAUCACUGAAUUAACUUAAUAUAUUUAUCCAAUACAUUGCUCAAACUAUAAAGAAACUCUUUAGCCUUUAUUACUAUAGGCAUAAAGUCGAUAAUUUAACAAGUUACAAACGAGUUGCUUUUUACCACAAUAAUAAUUAUUUUUUACAAUAAAUAUGUAUAAAAAAGCAAUAUUCCUUGCCUUAACACAUGUAUUGAAACAUAGUCUUUGUUUCUUUUUAAAUAUACUAUGAGUGUGAUAUGUUUUUAUACAAAAAUUUCGACAGUGAAAACUCACAGAAAACAAGUGUGAAUGGAAGCAAUUUCGAGUUUCAUCUGAUGAGUGUGUGUCCACGUUCCCUUCCCUUACCCUUUUCUUAUAAGGAAACUAUGGGAAGGGGACAUGGAUAUGGCAGAGGAGGGGACGCAUAGAAAGGAGAAAUGUGUUCUUUCUGUUUGUACCUAUCUCUACAAUCUACAAUUGCAGAUAUAUAAUAGCGGUUGCUUUGCUAUUUCAGCUAAUUAAAAAAAUAUAAUUAUUAAAGCUUUCAUUACGUAGUAGUAAAGAGCAAUUCGUUUUUAAUUUAAAAUGAACUAUAAAACAUUCAAGAAUUUUUUUUAUAAUGACAAGCUCCAAAUAUAACUUGUAUUGGCCUUAAAAAUAAAGACUGCUUCAUAUUCAUCAUUUACAUGCUUCAUACAUACAUACAUACAUACAUACAGAGUAUUCUUAUAAGGUGCCAACUGAAAACUACUGCCGUUUCUAUGCAUUUAUUUUUUUAUAAACAUUGCUUAAAUACCGAAAGAUAUUAGUAUUUCAGAUUUUAUAUUUACUAAG